AUCUCUCUGUCUGAUUAGUCCAAUUUAGCGAGCCCUGCUGAUAACCUAGUCCAAUGUCGCACGAGAAUGAGGAUCCUAAGCUCAAGCAUCUCUUUGAUGGAAGCGACUGGAAUGUGUAUGAGACGAAAGUACUGAAUCUAGGUGUAGGCGCACCCGGCACUGAUCUCCUAGAGCCCUGUUGCGAUAUAUUCCAACAGGCUACUGCACAUCGGCUGAAAUAUGAGAAGAGCGAAAACCGGUCACUGCUGUUUCAAUAUGGCCCAACAAGUGGGUGCUUCGAUGUUCGGCAUGAAAUUGCCAAAUAUUUUAGCAGCAUGUAUGAUAGUGCGAUGAAAAGUGAGGAUUUGAUAAUAACCACGGGAGCUUCACAAGGUCUACAUUUUUCGUUAUCCACACUGGUUGACUUUAAUGGUUACAUAUUUGUGGACGAGUACACAUAUAUGAUAGCGCUAGAUAGCAUGAAAGAAUUUACGACUCUCACCAUUGUGCCUGUAAAACUCAACGAUGAUGGCGUGGACUUGAAGGAUUUGGAAGCUAAAGUACGCGAACGUUGCUUUAAGCCAAAUGGCAAGGAAUUCUGGGCGAUGUACUACACAAUACCUACCUAUCACAAUCCAACGGGCAUACUCUUCUCACCAGCUGUUUGUCGGGGAAUUGUGGCGCUUGCGCGUAAAUUUAACUUUGUGGUCAUAUGCGAUGAUGUCUAUAAUAUUCUGAGCUACGAUGAGAAGCCCCCACAUGUACGCCUGCUUAGCUACGACGCGCGCACGGAUACAGACUUCGCCGGUCAUGUUAUAUCGAAUGGCAGCUUCUCGAAAAUACUUGGUCCGGGCGUGCGUUUAGGCUGGCUGGAGGUGCCGCCACGUCUUAAACCCAUUCUAGAACGCAGUGGUAUUAUCAACAGCGGUGGAUGCUUUAACAACUAUACCGCAGGCAUUAUCGGAAGCCUUUUCGAGUUGGGAUUGGCCCAAUCGCAUAUUUCACGUCUGUAUGAGGCUUACAAGGAACGCAUGAAGGCCGUGAUUGCAGUGCUGAACGAGCAGCUGCCGGAAAGCUGCACUUUAAUAGUACCCAAAGGGGGUUAUUUCAUUUGGAUAUCCUUGCCUGAGCACUUGAAUGCACGUGACUUUCUUACGUAUAGUCUGGAGCAUGAGAAGAUUUUCUUUAUACCCGGUCCAAGGUUUGCUCUGGAAGGCGAUAAUGGAAAGCAUUGCUUCCGCUUAUCAAUUGCAUUUCAUAAGAAGGACAAACUAGUGGAUGGAAUAACCCGAUUGUGUCGAGCUUUGAAGGAUUAUAUAAAAACACUUUCCUAAUAUUUAGUAUGGCCAAUGUGUGUUUAUUGUUCAUUUUAUUAUUAUACAUAUACUUGAUACAUAUGUAUGUGUAUUUGUUUAUAGUUGUUGUUUUCUUUAUAACUAAACGCUAAACUAUUUACUUAUAUAAAUUUUAUAAAUAA